CCAUGGUAGCAGCGCACGAGCUCAUGGGCGGAGCUACAGCUAAAACCUCGCUGCUGCUACACACACACACACACACAUUGUGGACCGCAGCUAGCUGAACUGUAACAUAUUCACUGUCUCUAAAAUGAGUGAUAACGGAAAGGGUCGGGUUAAGGUUGGACGAAGAAAAAGCAGAAGAAGUCUCAUGUCCACUUUAUUUUCAAUAAUACGAAGCUCAGAUGUGUGAAGCUGAAUUGUUGAAUGCAUGCUAAAACAUGAGGAGGGAAGAAGUAUGGGCAGUGUGUGAGAUGGGGGAAGUAAGAAGAAGUAAAACAAUUGAAGAAAGAAGAAUAAUGUGAAGUAAUGAAGUUACAGAAAUGAAGGAGUCUCGCUCUGCAUCCAGGAGCGCGAGUCCAGCGGCCUCUGGGAAAUCUGCAAGCCAGUCCCCAGCUCGCUCGAAAGCAGGCUCCCGUCAUUCCCGCUCCAAAUCUCGGUCCCGGUCCAGGUCAAAGUCUGGGUCCCAUUCCCACCGUGGCUCGCGCAGACACUAUAGUCGAUCUCGUUCCCGCUCAAGGUCCCAUCAUCGUCGAUCUCGUAGUAGUAGAUCCUACAGUGGAGAGCGUCGACGCAGGAGCCACAGCCACUCCCCCAUGUCCAAUCGCCGCAGGCACAUCGGCAACCGUACGAACCCAGACCCAAACUGCUGCCUGGGAGUGUUUGGCCUGAGCUUGUACACUACAGAGAGGGAUCUGAGGGAGGUCUUCUCCAAAUACGGCCCCCUGGCGGAUGUCAGCAUCGUGUGUGACCAGCAGUCGAGGCGCUCCAGGGGCUUUGCCUUUGUUUACUUCGAGAACACGAACGAUGCCAAAGAGGCAAAGGAGCGAGCCAAUGGCAUGGAACUGGACGGUCGUAGGAUCAGGGUAGACUUCUCCAUCACAAAGAGACCUCACACCCCAACCCCUGGAAUCUACAUGGGCCGACCCACAUAUGGUGGAGGUGGAGGCGGAGGUGGAGGUGGUCCCAGUGGUCCUCGACGUCAUUCACGUGACUCUGACCGAGGGUAUGAGCGCGGGUACGAGAGAGGCGGCUACGAUCGCUAUGAUGACAGGGAAUGCUACAGAUCAUACAGAAGAAGGUCUCCAUCACCGUACUACAGAGGUGCUUACAGGUCUCGGUCCAGAUCGCGGUCUUAUUCUCCCCGUCGUUACUGAAUGUCACCUUCAAGCAAAACCCUUCCUCUUCCCAAACACAGGGAGGAAAUGUUUGAGUGGAAUGAUUGAUUUCAGAACAGCUGUUUUUUCAUGAGGUGAUGUUCAUGACCAGUAAAUGUAAACUGACCUGAGCUGUCCCUAUAUGUUUUUAAUUUUCAAUUAUAUAGACAAUCCCUGCCGUAGUCGGCAUAUUAAUGUUUAGAUUUUUUUGGAUACAAUUUGAGUGAUAAUACAACUUUCAACAGAUUAAAAGCAGGAUCCGUUUUUUCCA